AUGAAAGUUAUCUUACUAGGGUAUGUCUGAAUAUCACAGUGCUUCUGAAGUAACAGCAACACGCAAUUUUGAUUUGCGUUCAGUGACUCCUGUGACCUCAGGGUCACUAAAAUUUUCAACUACAGCAGAUCCAAAUAAGACGGAUUUUACCAAUUUUUUCUUAGAGAAUAAAGAAUGGCUCAAAGAAAAUUCGACAUUGCCGAACACGUUCCUGUACGACUCCGGUGUUGAAAUCGUCACAGAAAGUGACCUCAAAGUUCCAUUCGACCUGGAUCCAUCUUUUGAAGCAUCAGUUGACAUUCAAGAACUUUUAAAAGGAGCAGACGUGAAUGAAGAAGAAUUUGAAAAUCUUGCAUCAGCACUGGUGAGCAAAGAGGAUACUACAUUAUUGGAUUUGGUCCAACAGGCCAACGGAAGGUCAGCUAUUGAUACGGUAACUUCAAAUACUUUUACCAACAUUGUUUCAAGUGGUAGUUUGUAUAAUAACAUUGACUUUAUGACCAACGACGAGAACGUUAAUACAGGGAACGGGGUGAUGUUCAUAGAUCAAUUAGUUGACACAGUUAACACAAACGAUCUCUUGGAUUCCAGCCAAGAUAAUAGCCGAGAUUCAGCAUUCUCGGAUCAGAUUGAGAGUGUGUCAUCCUCCGUUGCAUCACCACAAGAGUUCUUAGUAGUUCGUCCAUUCAGAAAUAAGCCAGGGCGUAAACCAUCCGGUAACGGACCGAUCCGCCCAAGGAAACGUCAGCCUGUUAAGGAUACGGCAGAAUAUUUCGAAAAGCGAGAACGCAAUAACGUGGCUGUCAGAAAAAGCAGAGAUAAAGCAAAACUUAAACAAGUUGAAACUGAACAAAGAGUGCAACAGUUGGCGGACGAAAACGAAAACUUGAACAAGAAAUUAGACUUGUUGACAAAGGAGCUGAACGUGCUGAAGAGUUUGUUUAUAAAUGUUGGUUCCACUUUACCGAAAGAACUUGAAAAAAUGCUCGCUAAGUGUUCAUGACGAACGCUCAAACUUUAGACUUUUGUUAGUUCACAGUUGUUGUAUUUCAUCAUCAUCACAUAUUUCUCAUUUAACAUUAAUAGAUAAGAAGGAUUGUAUAUCAAAUGACUGCAGAAAAUGUACUUCUAAACAUUGUACAAAUAUUGGAGAAAGUGACAAUAUAAACUUAGUGAGACCAAAUUUGACUAGUGAGAAAUUCUGCAUAAUAACUCAUUUCUAUGGAUGUGAUUCAUACAAACUUUUUCAUGAACAGAGAUAUUUAAUUUACAAAGAUCAUUGUAGUUGUGUUUUUUCUAACUUUUGUAGUGAUAAAAAGGUUUUGUCCCCGCUGCAUAUGUAUAAAGUAUGGGGCAAGACUUAUGUAGUAUGUAUCUAUAAUAUAAAUAAUUUAAAAGUCA